UGAAGAAAGACUCGUCUUAUAAAAGGAAAUGAUGCACAACGCUAAAAAAAAACUCAUCUCAGCACUGAUUAAAGAACACAUCUCUCCUCUUGACAAUCUUUCUAGGUGAAAUUGCUAGAGUUGGCAAUGAAAGGAUAUACACUCACAAUAUGUAUGCCUUUAGUGGCGGCAAUAUUGCUUUGGUUUGGGUUUCAACAACCAUCGCUACCACCACCGCCGCUAGCAACAACUUCAAAUGAUAGCAAAUUAGUACCGUUGGAUUACGAGUACCCGGUAGUAAAAUUUACCACUGUUGAUGCUACUGGGAAAAGCUAUGGUGCUUUUAUUAAGGAGUUGCGCAAUCGUUUAGUCACAGGAGAAGACUUGAGACAUGAAAUACCAGUGCUACGUAGAACAGUUGAUAUAGGUUACCGGUUCAUUUUAGUGGAACUUACGAACCAACAAGGAGUUAGUGUUACACUAGCAGUGGAUGUCAUCAAUGUAUAUGUGGUCGGCUAUCGAGCUGGGAAUUAUGCUGCGUUCUUCCGGCCUGAAAGUGAUGCGGAACGAGAGGCAAUUGAUACUCUUUUCGUAGAUCAGAGUCGGCAAACUUUGGGAUAUACCGGUAGUUAUAUUGACCUCGAACGAGAUGGAGGGUCGAGAGCUGAUAUUCCUUUAGGUCUCUAUGCGCUAGAUAAUGCUAUUUCGGUAUUUGAUGGUUAUGCUACCGGGAGGCAGACUGACCGAAAUUUGUGUCGUUCUUUCAUUGUUUGUAUCCAGAUGAUUUCGGAGGCAGCACGAUUUGAAUUUAUCCGAGUUGAUAUUGGAUACAGAUUUGGAAGCCAGGACCGCGUGCCAGAUGCUCGUAUACUUAGCCUUGAGAAUAAUUGGGGAAGCUUGUCUCAACAAGUUCAGACAUCUAAUGAUGAGGGCGUCUUUAUUCGACCUGUUCGAAUAAGCCGGAGCGAGAAUGAAGAAAUGGAUGUUGAUAACGCACGCCGAAUAGCUAGAGUUAUGGGUGUGAUGUUAUACAGAUGCGCGGAUCCAAGAAUAAACUAUCAAAAAUCCCGCGAUUACGAAUCUAAUGAAGAUGCUUGCGCUUGUAAUGAGCCUACAGUGCGUAUUAGCGGUCCAAAUGGCUUAUGUGCUGAUGUAAAUCAAGGGAGGUUUGACGAUGGCAAUUCAAUAAUCUUAUAUCCCUGCCAAUCUAAUACAUCUCCAAAUCAAUUUUGGACCUUAAAAGGAGACGGCACUAUCCGAUCCAACGGAAAAUGCUUGUCCACUUAUGGAAAUAAUCCGGGAUUCAACGUCAUGAUAUAUGAUUGCGGCAGAGUUUCCAAAGAUCGCACCCGUUGGGAAGUAUGGGAUAACGGAACCAUCACAAAUCCCGCAUCAGGUCUAGUUUUAGCCGCAAAUUCUUGGGAUCAAGGUACUACACUCUCGCUGGAGACUAAUGUGUAUACAACUAGUCAAUCAUGGCAACCUACAAACAGUACUACACAACCUUUUGUGGCAUCCAUUGUUGGAUAUGAAGAUCUGUGCUUGGAAGGAAAUGGAGAGAAUGUGUGGGUGGAUGAAUGCAUAGCUUCCAAGCGAGAACAACACUGGGCUCUUUAUCCAGAUGGUUCGAUCCGCCCUCAGCAGAACCAACAAAAUUGCCUUACAGCGGAUGGUGAUACCAGAGGAAAUAUCGUCAAGAUUCUCUACUGUCAACUUGGAUCGGCAACUCAAAGAUGGGAGUUCAAGAAUGAUGGUUCUAUUUGGAAUUUGAUCUCAAGAUUGGUGCUGGAUGUCAAACAAAGUGACCCAAGCCUUAAACAGAUUAUCAUUUGGACAGACAAUCAUGGUGCAGCAAACCAGAAAUGGAAUAUAAUGUACUGAUUGAUAGUAUUCUAUGAUUAAUCAAUGCAUUCAUGCAUUACUAUUUGCUAUAUAAUAUUAUCAUGUCAUGUAUUACAUAGUCUAUUUUCGGCUUAUUAUAUGUUUUGUCUUUUAA